ACCGUCCCGCCGCCAGCGAGAUGCACCGACAACCGGCGCGACAGCGGAUCAGGGCAGCCCUGUUGUCAGAGCCGCUCACCGAGUCCACCGGAGCCGCCGAGGGCCGCGAUCGGGGCGAGAGUGCUGCGGCGGCGCGGUGCGGACCAGGAAGGCGGCGCGUUCCCAGCGCGCCCCGCGCGGGCCAGGCGCGCGGCCGCGGGCAAGAUGGCGGCGGGUGCGGGGCGGCCGUGAGGCCCCGGCACGGCGGGGAUGGAACCGCCCGCGGCGCCGGGCCCCGAGCGGCUCUUCGACUCGCACCGGCUCCCGACCGAUGGGUUCCUGCUCCUGGCCCUGCUGCUCUACGCCCCCGUGGGGCUCUGCCUGCUCGUCCUGCGCGUCUUCAUCGGCGUCCACGUGUUCCUGGUCAGCUGCGCCCUGCCCGACAGCGUCGUGCGCCGCCUGCCCUGAGCGGUGCCCCAGGGUUCAUCUGCUGGUCCCGGGGCUUCAUGGAGCUGGGAGUGACGGGCAGCCGGGCGGAGCUGGUGGAUUCCCUCAAGGAAUACUCGGCCCAGCAAGGGAACCCCCCCCUGCUGCUGUUCCCAGAGGAGGCUGCCACCAACGGCAGGGCCGGGCUGCUCCGCUUCAGCUCCUGGCCCUUCUCCAUCCUGGAUGAGGUCCAGCCCGUUGCCCUGCAGGUCCGGAGGCCGUUGGUGGCUGUGAGCGUGGCUGACUCCUCCUGGAUCACGGAGCUGCUCUGGACCUUCUUUGUUCCCUUCACAGUUUAUCAAGUAAGGUGGAUGCCGUCUGUCCCCAGACGAGCGGACGAGCGGAGUGAGGACUUUGCGCUCCGAGUUCAGGAGCUCUUGGCCAUGGAGCUGGGUGUGGUAUCCACACGGAUCACCGCUGCCGACAGGACCGAGCACAUGAAGAGGCUGAGGCACACGGCACAAAGGCUGCCCUUUGCCCCAGCCUCGAGCCAGCGCCCGGCAGCCCGGCCCAGGGUGCCCCCCAGCCUGCCCAGGGGUGCUCCUGAGGACGUGAGGGUGGUGGCCAUGGCACAGCAGGUCAAGGAGGUGCUGCCUCACGUGCCCUUGGAGGUCAUCAGGACAGACCUGGUCCAAACCAACUGUGUGGACACCACCAUUGCCAACUUGCUGGAGGGGAGAGUUCACUUCUUCCCUGAGAAUAAAGAGCCUGGAGACCUGCCUGCCCCAUCUACCUCCCAGGCUGCAGCUGCUUCUGGCAUCCAGGGCUCUGUGCCUGCGCCUUCUUCUAAGCCGGCUCCAAAGCAGUUUGCAAAGUCCCCCGUGGAGCGUCACCUGUCCCUGCAGGAGAGGAAACGAGCCUUGUACGACUAUGCCAGGAGGCGGUUCGCUGAGAAGCACGGCGCGGCAAGGGCCGGCGGCAGCCCCUGACCGGGCCGGACCGGGCCGGUGGCAACCCCUGACCGGAGCGCCGGGCCGGGCCGGUGGCAACCCCUGACCGGAGCGCCGGGCCGGGCCGGUGGCACCGGGAGCGCGCGGGCCCCGCGCGGGCGGGACGGGCCGAGACGGGCUGGGCGGGGGCGCCCCCUGGCGGCGGAAAUAAACGGCGGCAGCGUC